AUGGAAAAUUAUUUACACUUUAUCGCAGGAUGGGGUGCCGGGUCGCUCGGUGUGUUAGUGGGCCAUCCACUGGAUACCAUAAAAACUCACCAGCAGAUGAGCAAUCGGAAGUUAAGGACAAGGGAUGCGUUGAAGAGAAUCAUGAGAAACGACGGAAUCAGGGGCUUUUACAGGGGCAUGUCCUGUCCCUUGGUACACUCGGGCUCCUUGAACUCGCUGUUUUUCGGAGUGUACAACGCCUCGUUGACGUCUCUGCAAUCCUCGCGUGGUCAUGACGAAAAUCUUCCGAGUAAUCGUGGCUGGCUGCUGGACAACUUCGUUGCUGGUUGUCUUGCCGGUGGAGCACAAGCUUUGAUCACUUGUCCGAGCGAAUUAAUUAAAAUUAGAAUACAACUGGGCAAAGGAUUAAUUACGUACAUUAAAACUGAGCACUAUACCUUGGCAAGGGUUAAUACUUUUUUAACUGUUUUGGACUUGUACAGAAAAUACGGAAUUCGUGGCCUUUACGUUGGAUGGGUUCCAACGAUGUGGAGAGAUGUAAUUGGUGGUGGUGUGUACUUCUCGUCUUAUCAGUUGACGCAUCAUUACAUGUACGGCACGUUGAAUCUCACUCCUGGAUUUUUUGAAAUUCUCGUGGCGGGUGGUGUUGCUGGCUUAACAUCGUGGAUUCCAGUAAUACCGUUUGACACAAUAAAAUCCAGGAUACAAGGCGAUAACUUUGCAAACCCAGCAUACAAAGGCAUGAUCGAUUGUAGCAUCGAUUUGUACAAACACUCGAGCUUUCAUGGAUUUUUUAAAGGUUUUUUCGUGAUUAUAUUUCGUUCAGUACCAGUAAAUGUUGCAAUCAUGUCUGGUUACGAACUAAUAUUGUAUAUUGGCAAGAACUUCAGCGUGGAUGAUUUAAAAAAAUAUUUUUAAAAGUCUUGGAAUCUUGUAAAAUUUUUGUUGAAUAAAAAAACAA